AUGGUGUCAACACCUGAAACAUCAUCACACUGGAAGAGAGGUCCAAGAAAGGAUCUUCACUCUGCAGAGAUGAUGCUGGGGAUGGCUCCGUUGCUCAGUGCAUUGCUCUUCUGCGAUGCUGCAGCUCUCGAUGAAGAGAACAAAAUGAUGGAUGUAACCAAGAAAUUUAAAUGUGCGAACAAAUGGAUUCAGUCGCCAUCUGGAACACAUUGUUUCAGAUAUUUCAACGAACCAUUAACCUGGCUUUCAGCUGAGACUACCUGUAAACGAAUGGAGAGAACUAGUCACCUUGCCUCCAUCCACAACAAUGAACAAAAUGCGUUUCUUGCUAAAAUGGUGAAUGGGUUGAAAUCAAAAACUAAACAAUUUUGGAUUGGAUUGAAGGAUCGAAAGGAAGAGAAGUAUACAUGGAGUGACAAAACUAAUUAUGCAUUUGGUAAAUUGCCAACGACCUCAUCUUCUCCUGAAAAUAGAGUGGUCUGCGUGACUUUUAUUCUGUUGUCCAGUGAAUGGAAGCAUAUGGCAUGCAAAACCAAACUACCCUUUAUUUGUUCCUACAAACCAACAAAAUAGGUGUUGUUCACAGCCUAAUAAUUCCUUUUGAUGAAAUGAUUGAUUCUCUGUAUUGAUUUGCUUCAUAAUUGCAGUGAGUGUGGUGAUUGUAUUGACUUAGUUGCCAGCAAAUAAUAAAAACGCUUGAUC